AGAAGACAUGAUGUGUGAUAGUAGAUUGCAAGAUGUGGAUAGCGCCUAUUAUAAGUAGUGAAUGAAAUGAGUGCAACAGGAUGUGCGUAGAUAGCAAAAUGCAGCGAUGCGAUACGGAACGAUGAUACCCCCCGCCCUUUAUGGCCCUAUUACCCUUCGCGACCAUAAAAACACAAACUCCUAUAGUACAGAGCCGCCAACGCGGCCACUUUGGUUUCCGACCGAGGCCGGGCAAGUCGAGAAGUCCUUCGUAUUCAGCAGGGAGAGAAAGCGCGCGACGCUUCCUUUCCCGCGAGCGCCGCCACGCGCAGAGGCGCGGGCGAUUUCGUGAGCAAGAGAAAAAGAUCUGCGGCGGCCGAAAUCAGCAUGCAGGAACGAUGACGAAGGCCAGUGAAGAGAAGCGGAGACUAGGUUCUGAGGCCACAGACUAGCUAUAGAAAACCCGGGGCAUCGACGAGCCAGAGCCAGAGGAAGCGUACUCACGAUGGGUAUAGGACAUCACAU